UUAUUUCGUCCGGCAACUGUAAAAGACAAUUUUCAACCGUGGAUAUUUUAAUAACAAGCACUUUUAUAAUUUUAUUAUGUUUUUAUUCUGUUACGAUGAUGGAUGUAAUAGUAAAAUUGAAUAGUCAAACUGCUGGAAGAGACAAGAUUGCCCGCCCAUAACAGGAUGAAAUGUAUUGCCACAGUUUGUUUUUGUUGGCCCAGGACAGGGUCCGGUGGAGGGCUUUGGUUAAUUCGGUGAUGAACCUUCGGGUUUGAUUGUUACAGUAUGCAAGCAAAGCAGCAUGGCAUUACAUGCAGCAGAAGCAGCACAGCAGACAGUCUAUAGACAGACUCAAGAGUCUGGAAUACACCUUUAGUUCAUUUAGGAAAUUGUUGCGUCUGGGUAGAUUCCUGGACAUGCUGUAUGGUGCAUUUUCAUCCAUUCACUAUCCAGAUGUGACAGUGCGGAUAACAUGUACGUUAUCCAAGAUAGCCAAUGCGCUGUUCCUUCUGGCUGACCAUAUUCUAUGGAUUGGUCGAACUGGCUUGAUAAAUGUUAAUAGUGAAAAGUGGGGUAAAGUAGCCAACAAAUACUGGCUGUAUUCAAUCACGAUGAAUCUGGUUCGUGAUGUCUAUGAAAUAUGUGGCAUCCUUGAGCGUGAAGGUCAUCGAUUGGGCGUGCCACCAGGCGAGGUUCUACGUCAUACAUGUUUGGCAGCUGGUAUUAAUCGUAAGACGCUUCCACUCAGUUUGCGAGCAGUCACGUUCGUUCAAGACCACAAGGAUGUUGUUGUUGACACAGUGAAGAAUGGCUGUGAUCUGAUGAUUCCAUUGACUGCGUUGGGCUACAUGCGACUUAGUCCAGGGGCUGUUGGUCUCCUUGGUGUUGUGUCAUCAGUGGCAGCUAUAAUCAGCCUUGUUGACCCUUUGGCCCGGCUGACACCAGCUUAGAUAUAAACUACAAUAUGUACCUUCUCUUCAUCAGGUGAAAUGAGAUAAAGUUCAAAUUUCAAAUUCCAACAGAAAUAUAAAAUGCCUAAUGUUCUGAAGAAUCAUGGUGUAAUACAGUAUGCAUCUUUAAACCUAAGCAAAUGGAAGAUAUAUUUCAAGUCCUUCACUGUAUCUGCACUUAACUUCACCUGUAAUGCCACAUAGAAAAAAGGUCACAAAUUUUUGAUAUCUUUCUGCAUUCACUGAUGUUGAUAAAAGUGACAUUUGAAAGAAAUUGCAGUUGUACAUGAUCGAAAAAGCUAUUCUUUGUAUCUUUAAUGAACUGUUGACUAAAAUUUCAUACGUAAUGCAAACUGUUUGUUUCAUUAACAUGCAUUUUACUUAUGUGGAUUAGGUGACCAAUAUUCUUAACUGAAUCACUCACUUCAUUUGUCACUAGGACUUUUAUUGCGAUUACACAACCAUGAUACUGGCACCUCCGUCACUUUUUGUUUCUCCACCCCACCAAGGGGGCUUUGCCCCAGCCAAUGAACAAGUACCAUCUUAGAGCCUAUGCCAGGGACAUAAAGUCCAUAUUAAAUCCAGUCAGCGGUUCUUGAAUUGAAUCAUGCAGACAGGCAGACUGGACUGAUGAGCCUUAUAUGCUUUUUUUAUUUAGUUUGCUUUGUGCAGAGAAUGAGUAAUAAAUGUGUAGAAUGUAAAAUGCACGAAACAAAGUAAACUGAUUGAUGUUGUUUAACAGUCAUUUUCUCUUUGAAAAUCAUAUCAAAUUUUAAUAUCACUUCUACCUAAGCACUGCAAUUUAAAAUUUUGUUGCUGUAUUGUUUAGUAGCCAUAUUCCACAGGACCAUUUUGGCUUCAAUUUCUGAAGUGAAGUUUUCCAUACUAGUUGAUUCCAUAUUGGUGAGUUUUCAGUGGAUGCCAAGUGAUGACAAAAAGUGUCUUUUGUGAUUGUGUUAAUUUAAAACAGUGGUCUGCUAUGUACCAUGCCACUUCCUGUAUCAUGGUUUUGUGGCAAGACCAGACACACUAAAGACCCAGCUGCAUGAACAAAUCUUUGUUGAAGUCUCCUGUGAAUGCACCAUUUAAAAGAAUGGUCUGUGUCACAUUGCUGACACUCCGUGUUAACACCAAGUGGCCAUGCGUAAGAAACCUAAGUUUAAAAGCACCAUGAAAUCUUUACUGUAACAUGUGGCUUGCAACAUGAUUGAUUGUAUGUUUUUCCUAAUUUGUUUUUUGGUUUCACUAGUUAUUAAAACAAAUCUCACUUGGAACAGAAGUUAUCAUUAAUUCAAGAACGUUUUAUAAUGAUAAAAUACAAUUUUCAUAGUCACUUACCGUAAAGAAGUUUACUAUGUGACAAUUUAAUUUUGACAAGUACCGUCUCUUGUAAGAUAUCUACAAACAAAUAUUAGAAUGCUAGUCACAAAUUUGUUUGGUUCUAGGGUAACGCAUCACCUUGUGUGUUGUUACAUGUUGGAUAUUAUUGUUUAUGUUUAUUUUUAAAUACCAUACUUAUGUCAUAUGAAAGGGGAUUUGUUACAUAAUUAUUCAUUGCUAUUGUUCAUUGUCUUGUUUUCCAAAUAUAAGUAUAACAGAUUGUUGUUUUUAUCUGGCAUGUGAAAAGCUUAUGUAUCUGUUACUUGUUUCCAUGAGAUUUCUUAUUUGAAUGUGUUCAAUUUUUUCUUCCAAACACACAGAACAUGUAGACAGAUGCGAGCAGUUACAGUUCUACAAUUAAUAAAAGCUGAGUGUUUGAAACAAA